AUGCUUUUUCAGUUUGGAAAACUUCUCAGAGCAGUCAACAAAUAGCCUUUGAAUGAGAAGACAUUAGAAGAAUUAUACUAGAUAGCAAACUCUCAUGUUCAUGGUUCCAUAAUAUUUUAGUAUCUAUUAGCUGAAUCUGAGCUGAAUACCAAGACUCAUUGGUUCAUGAUAAACAAGUUCACAAAGGAGAGUGAUAUCAAAUCUUUGUUCCCAUAUGAACUAAUAAGUCAUUAGAUUAAACAAUAUAAAACUCUUGAAGAAGACGUUAUAGAUAAAAUCAUUGGAGUUGAUUAAAUUCUUGGGAACUUCAAUAUGAUAAAAUGUAUUGUCAAAAAUAAUGAAAAGUUAUACGAUGUGAUAUUGAAAAAAGUUGCUGAAAUUGAUCCAAAGACUUUGUCAUCCAAUUAACUGUAGACCAUUUUGGAAUGUAAAUUUCAAAUCUUUUCACCUAGUGUGUUUAUAGUAUUUGAUUUGGAUGAUUAUUUGCAUUCUGAAAAUGUCAUCAUUGUGCUAGAAUGGUUGUUACAUGACGAGACAUCCAUUAUUAUUAAAGAAUUAUUGUCCUCCUAUCUGGUCUCAGAAAGAUUAAUAAGAAGCAUAUUUUCUGCUAAAAAUGAAAUUAAUGUCGUAAUUUUCCACUUUAUAUAACUUAUUUACUAGCUCAUUAUGAUCUGUACAGAAUAUUUGAUUAAAUCUGCGCAGGUAACUUCAAGGACUAUUUAAAACCUAAGAAAAAUAAUUCAUUAUCAAUAAAGACUGGGACGAUACUCAACCCUUAAAUCAAUCGCUGAUUGGCAUGAGACAUAGAGUUUUGAUAUGGAAGAAAUUAAACUUUCUAAAUUACUUUUAAGAUUCAUCCCAUUAGUUCAUAUAAUGAAAAAUCGUAAAAAUGAAGAUGCACUUGAAGCAUCGAUCAAGAUAUUUGUGCUAAAAUCUAAUAUGAAACCUACUGAUAUUUUUAAUCUGUCAACAAUUUUAGACAUGUUUACCUGUGAUCCUAAAGCAUUCUUUAAAAUCUUAGACUAGUUACUUAGCAAUCCUAGUUCUCAAAAUCUUCUAGCUGAAUUGCAAAGUUAAAUUGUAUCUUGCCUUAAUUAGUCCUCUCAUGAAAACCUAACAAAAAUAGUUAACUUAUUGAUUUUAAAGGGUGCCCAGCCAAGUCUUAAAAGAAACAAUAAAUUCAUCUAGUUCUUAAUUUUAAAACUUUACAACCAGCCAAAAGACUUUAAUGCUAUUGUUCAAAGCUUAGACAUAUUUUCUAAUUUGGCUCUCUAGUUACUUGACAACAAGUAUUUUGACCAAUUGAAGGAUAUGAUUGAGUAUCAACUAUCAAUUAAUAAUUCUAAGCCAUAGAUAAUAUAAAUCCUGGGAAUUAUUAAGAAGGUAACAUCCUCCCCAAAAACUGAGUACGGAGAAAAACUACUGGAUUUGAUAGAAAAAAUACUUUCAAAGGUAAAUAAACCGUUCAAUGAAUUAGAUGAUGAAAGUUAUUAAGUUGCCACUAUUUGUUUAUCAUGCAUAACUGAUCUAAUUGAUAAUUAGAUUUUGGAUCAUCAAUUAACAUAUAAGAUAAUGAACUAGAAAUACUCCAUCUUCAGAAGCUUCGAUCUAUCAAAGAUGAGUUCUAACAGCCCACUUACCAGAGAAUACGCAAGAUUUUUAGGAUGUUGUGUUUUAGAGCUUGACGAUCUUGAGCUUGAUUAGAGAUCAUUUAAUUUGUUGCAGUUCCCGAGGACUGAGGAUGUUAAAGAUGCUAUUUAAACUUUUAAUUUCAUUAAUCAGGUAGUCUUUAAUCAAUUGCUCCUGCCUAGUCAUAACAAAAACUUGAAAAUUAGAGCUCACUAGUUGAAGCAUUUUGUAACUUACAUCUUUGAAUAUGGAAUCUAAACACUAUGUUUAAAAGAAGUUGGAAUGGAGUUAAAGGAUAAUAAUAAAGAUGAGUUUAUAGAAAUGCAUAAAUAGUUAGUAAAAAGUAAAUCUGAUGAAGUUAGAGAUCAGCUAUAUAACAUUUGGAAAGCCACUUAAAAUAAGGGUCUAAUUAUAGAGCUUAUCAAACAUGAAUUGAGCUAAAAAGCAGAUAGCAAACAGUUAAGAAAUGUUAACUUUUCUAAAAUAUAAAAGGAGGAUAUAUCAUCAAUCUCUAAUAUUCGAGAAAAAUUGAUUAGCUAAGCAAAGGAUUAAAUUAAUUAAAAGAAAGGCAAAGCGAUUGAUUGGAAAGUUAUUCCUUAACUUAUUCUAGAUACCUUUGAGAAUGGUUCAAUAAGACUUGAAGUUUUAAUUGAAGUCCUGCAAUCUUCUUAGAAUUUGUGUGAUUUGACUAAAUUAGGUAGUUACCUGACUAAUGUACUUAAAUACGCUAACUUUUAACAGUUAGAUCUUCAAGGCUUAUUUGAUAAGUUCACAGUCUUAGACAAUAAUUUACUUAGUUUUGUUUUGAAGGAGAUCGAAGAUGCGACUUUCAGAUAUGAAUCUCCUGAAUUACUAGGAAAAAUCAUGUUCGAUUUGGUUAAAUUUUACAUAAAACUAGGUGACACUCAUAACUAUCUAAUCAUUAUACUGAAAAUUUUAGCCAGUGGUAAUAAUGACUACAUUUCUCAAUUAAAGAUUAAAUUUAGAGAAAUUAGAUGUUAACUCGAGAAAGGAAAGCUAGAUUUAGAUAACUUUGAGAGAUUAUAGAACACUAUCAAUGAUUUUAGACUGCAUCAGCAGAUUUUAGGCAAUAAUAAGGUUAGUGAUAAGGAGUUCUUGAUAAUUAAUGGAUCUGAAAUCUUAUCACUUUUAAGAAUCCAAAUCCCUAAAAACUAAGUCACAUUGCUGCCUAGUUUAGUUAGUCUAUUCCAAAUCAUUUGGAAUAUUAAAUAUGAGAAUCAUCAACUUAAUCCAAAUCAAUUUAUAACAGAUUUGAUAGCUAUUGUAAAGAUUGAUUAAGUAUUGAAGCUAAGAUCACUAAUCUUGGUUGCUCUAGCUUUUGCUUAUUUACUAAAAGAUAGAUCAGAGUCAUAGUAUCUUCACUAUGUAAAUUAGCUCAUGAUUACUAACUCCCUCCUCGAAUUCAAAUUGAUUGCUAUUAAUUUGAAAGAUCACAAAAUUAAUGAAGCUGAAUUCUAUGAUUAUGCUAUUCAGACAAUCAAAAGCUUAGAUGCUUGA